CUUGCGCUGGAGUGGAAACGCCUUUUCUGAUUCAAACGGCGGCGGGACCGCCGCUGUAGAAACAGCCUUUGGUGGAUAUGCUGGGAACUUCUCUGAGUGCCGUAUUCCACAGCAACUGUUUCUGUCACAUGGAUUCCUGACUCUGAUUCAUCACUUUGAGAGCAAACCACCGCAGUGGGCUAUACAGAGGACUGUUCCAGAAAACGACUUUAAAUAUCAUGGAGUCAGAGAAAUCCAAGAUCCCUGUUUACACUUCCCAACAGUCCAAAACAACCGGUGUUCUAAAAGAUAUGCAGCUCUGUGAUUAUUCGAAGCAGCAAAACCAGAACAAAGGGAUAGACUCGGAGCCCCUGAAAGAUCCUGUUUUCCCUUUUGGUGCAAACAAUCCUGCCAUAUGUGUUGCCUUCAAAGACCCAAAUCAAAGACUCAUGAAGACAGGGAAAAAAGCAGCACUGCCACCCCCUCCCAAGAAAGGAGCGCCAACAAUUACACGAUCCCCUAUGAACAGAUGCAGACGGGUGACAGAACUUAGAAACAAAAGCAAGUUGCUGGAGACUGUGCGUGAACUGAAUCUAAAGGUGACAGAAAUGCAGAAGGAUAUGAAAGAUAUGAAGGAGCUUUGUGAUAGUCUUGAAAAAGAAAAUGAUAAGCUGAAAAAAUUUCAAGAAAGCUGCCUGUUGAUAUUAGAAACCAGGAAUUGUGACCCAGUUACAGGUGAACAAAUUUUGGAGGAGGAAGAAAUGAACAAGAAAAUACAGACUGAGAUAAUGGUUUUGUCAGAGAAACUUAAUGCUGAUCUUGAAUUGUUCAUCCAAAUGGCUAAACAGGAAAAAGAAAAUCUUCAGAAUGCUCAAACCAGAUGGAAGCAGAUAGAGGAGGAGAGAACCCACUUCUUAGAGCAGCAGCAGUCUUUUCAUAGAGAAAUGGAAGAUCUGUUUGCUGCCUUAAAUCAGGCAGAUGACUUCUUCAACUCAUCAUAGACUUGGGUUGAGAUUUAUUCCUGGCUGCUCUACUUUACUGUUGAGCACAAGAAUGUAAACCACAGUAUAAUUUUUUUUGGGGGGGGGUAACUUUUCAGCAAUUUUUCAUAUUGUCUACUGAAUUUUAAACAAAAAGUAGAUUAGGUUACUCUUCUUUCUUAAAUUUCAGGGUUGUUUAAAGAUUCUGUCUAGAACAUUUCUGUAUUUGUCAGAAUAAUGAGGUGGAACUGAAGUAUGUUUUCCAUCUAUUCAGCUUUAGUUUAAUUUCUACAGUUGUAUCUGUUCAUACAUAUCCUGAAAAAUAUUGCUAAAACGAAAUGGGACAGAUUGGUCAGUUAGCUAAAGGAACCAAAUACAGAUUCUAAAUAAAUUGGUGGGCAUAAUCAGCAAGGAAGGGAACCAAGAGGUGAAACUGUGCAAGCUUACCUUUAGUCAUUUAAACAAUAAUUCAUAUUCUCCAAGUAGCUAGAAAUGUAAGCAAGUAUGAAACUUAUGAUUAAGCUGUACGUACCAGAGGAAUUUAAACAAUACUGUUUGAGUAGGUCUCCCAUGGCUUUGGGAGAAGCUAAUCUAGGUAUAUGAGAUGUAUGCUAUUAUCCUACAUCUCUUCAAUUUUUAAGUUUUCUGCCCCUGAAAAGGACUAUACUCCCAAAUAUUCAUUUACAGGCAGAAUUGUUCAUUCUCCUGUUUAUCUGGGUUGAAGGGCUUGUACAUAUGUCAUGUCCAGGCAAUUGCUCUUCAGAUUGAACCUCAACUUCCAUCAGCCCUAGCUAAUAUUGGUGAUGGCAAGAGAUUGUGGAAGUUUUUUGUAAAAUACUUGGAGCACUCUUUAACUACUAUAUUGUAAAACCUGUAGGUUCCAUUAGCAGACAUUUUAACAUAAUCAAUGGGUGGAAAACAAGGAGUAUUUCAGUACUGUAUUCUGUCUAAUGUUAUGCUUGCUCAGACAUACUGUGCUUAUCUGCAAUAGAGCUACCAGUAGGGAAAAAAUAUAUUGCCCUAUCUUCCAGCCCCGUGAACCGCAGGUUUGAAAAAAUAGAAUAUAAUUUCUUAAUCUUUCUACUAUUCUUGUUAAUUCUUCCUGCAUAAAUCUAUGACAUGCUUCAUAAAUAGACAGUUGCCUCUAAGAGAGCUGACUGAUGGGAAGAGGGGUUUUUUGGAGGGGGUGUUUUUUGAGGCAGUAGAAACCAACUUUACUACCCAACUAAAUUCUGAGUGGUAGUCACAUAGUUUGGCUCAAUGGAUGCUGUAUUUAUGUUUUUUAGUGGUUGAUGUUUGGAGUACGUUCAUGAUGUUUCUGGCAAUAAACAUUUACUGCUGUUUAACUUCUAAUUACUUAUGUUACCUGCUGUCUCUAAGGAGGUAUAGACAACAUCCUAGGUGGAUAUGCUUCUAUUUUAAUUUCCUUCCCAAAUGUAUUUUUGCUCUGUGGGAGCUUUCUAUUCCGCUUGGUUAGGAGAAAAUACAUCGGCAUAUUUUAGAAAUAUGUAAGAUUUUUGAAGGCUUGGACAGUCCAUUUUCAGUUUGUUUCAGGUAUCAAAGUAUUUUAUUAAGGUACAUUAGGUUUUAUACUGUAUCUAGAAGCCCCCACAAUUGUUGUCAUUGUCUUCUAUAAUUAGAUGUUUCAAUUAUAGAUAAUUUCAAGUAUCUACAGAGUUUGCCCAAGAAAUCAACAAAGUAAUCUAGAAAGAAAAUCUAAGCCCUUCAUUCAGGUAAUGUGAAGUUGGGGCUUUUAGUCAACCUGCAUAGGGCUGUAUUAUUGUACCAAUCUGCUGCCAGCAGGGGAGGGGGCUCCUAAUUAAAAUCUAUC